AUGGGCUCCUUUAUCAGUUGGAUCAAUUCCAACGCUGGCGCUGCCACCAGCGGCGGCCAGUCGCCUGACGAGAACCAGCCUCAGUCCGUCUCCGGCAUGAUCAGCACCCUCAUCCCUGUGCUGGCUCUCUCGCUCGUCUACAUUGCCAUCUUUCUCUUUUUGAGGCGAUCUCAACGCAGAUACUACGCGCCCAGGACAUAUCUGGGCUCGCUACGGCACAAUGAACGGAGCCCCGACCUGCCCAGCGGCUUCUUCAACUGGAUCGGCACCUUCUCCAAGCUCCCAGACGCCCAUGCCCUCACCCACCAGGGGCUCGACGCCUACUUGUUCCUGCGCUACCUGCGCGUCGCCUUCACCAUUGGCCUCGUCAGUCUAUGCAUUACUUGGCCUAUCCUCUUCCCCGUAAACGCCACCGGCAUGGGCGGCCUCAGCCAGCUCGAGAUCCUAUCCUACAGCAACGUCUCGGUCGAAAGGUCGCCCAAUCGCUACUACGCCCACGUCUUCGUUGGCUGGGCCGUCUACGGCUUCGUCAUGUAUAUGAUUAUGCGCGAAUGCAUCUUCUUCAUCAACCUGCGCCAGGCCUACAUGCUCACCCCCCACUAUACCAGGCGCAUCUCGGCCCGCACCGUCCUCUUUACCACAGUCCCCAACAACUACCUCGACGAGGCCCGCAUACGCCAAAUGUUCAAUAACUCAGUCCGCCACGUCUGGAUCGCCGGCAAAGCCGACAAGCUCGACGAAAUGGUUGAGGAGCGCGACAAGGUGGCCAUGAAGCUCGAGGGCGCAGAGGUCAAGCUCAUCAAAAUGGUCAAUAAGGCCCGCGCAAAGGCCGCCAAGAAGGGCGGCGCCGCCCCCAACGCCGGCAACGACCACGAUGACGCCGAGACGGGCAACAUUGCCGCCCGCUACGUCCCAGACAAGAAGCGGCCCUCGCACCGCCUCGGUCCCCUCGGCCUCGUCGGCAAAAAGGUCGACACCAUCGAGUGGUCUCGAUCCGAGCUGCAGCGCCUCGUGCCUGCCACCGAGCAGGCCCAGGCCGAGUGGUCUGCCGGCAACUAUGACAAGGUCAACGCCGUCUUUGUCGAGUUCCACACCCAGUCCGACGCCCAGGCUGCCUUCCAGGUCCUCACUCACCAUAAGGCCCUCCACAUGUGCCCCAAGACGGUGGGCAUCAAACCCCAGGAGGUCGUCUGGAAGAACCUGUCCAUUCCCUGGUGGCAGCUCGUCAUCCGCCGAUAUGUCAUCUACGCCUUCGUCGCAGCCCUCAUCAUCUUCUGGGCCAUCCCCGUCGCCAUUGUCGGUCUCAUUGCCCAGGUCAACACGCUCAAGAGCCUGCCUGGUCUGACGUGGAUCGACAAGAUUCCCCCGACAAUCCUCGGUGUCGUCUCGGGCCUGCUCCCGUCCGUCGCCCUGGCUAUUCUCAUGUCCUAUGUCCCCAUCAUCAUGCGCGGCUGUGCCAAGCUCGCCGGUGCUCCGACGCUGUCCCAGGCCGAGCUCUUCACCCAAAACGCCUACUUUGUCUUCCAGGUCGUGCAGGUCUUCUUGAUCCGGACCGUCUUCGACUCGGCCUCGACCGUCAUUGUCCAGAUCGCCAAGGACCCGAGCAGCGUCUUCACGAUCCUCGGCAGCCAGCUCCCCACGUCGUCCAACUUUUACAUCUCGUACUUCAUCCUGCAGGGCAUCACCAUCGCCACGGGUGUCCUCACGCAGGUCGUCGGCUUCUUCAUCUUUAAACUGCUCUACAAGUUCCUCGCCGGCACCCCGCGCGCCAUGUACGCCAAGUGGACGACUCUGAGCGCCAUCUUGUGGGGCAGCCUCCUUCCCGUCUUCACCAACAUUAUUUGCAUCAGCCUCAUCUACUCUGUCAUUGCCCCUCUGAUGCUCUUCUGGUCGACGCUGGCCAUGGCUCUCUUUUAUCUGGCCUUCCGUUACAACAUCUUCUUCGUCUCGGAGACGGCCGUCGACACGCAGGGCCUGAUCUACCCGCGGGCGUUGAAGCAGCUGUUUGUCGGCGUUUACCUGGCCGAGAUUUGCAUGGUUGGUCUAUUUGCCGUGUCCAAGGCCAUCGGCCCGGCCAUCCUGAUGGCCGCCUUCCUCGUCUUCACCAUCCUUUUCAACAUCACCAUGUCCAAGAACCUGGAUCCCCUCCUGUACGGACUUCCGCGCAGCGUGCAGGCCCAGGAGCAAGCCAUCCGGGCCGGCGAUGUCGAGUCGACGGAUGCCGGCAAGGAUACCAACGGAGCCCACGGCAACUCGGCGGGCUUGGCCACGUCCAACUCGGGCGAGAGCGGCGUCGUCAAAAAGGGAAACUUCAUCGCCAGGUUCUUUAUGCCCUGGAAGUACGCCGACUACGCCACGCUGCGCAGUCUUGUCCCGCGCGAGGAUGACAUGGACUUUGAGCAACAGUACUCGGAUGAGGUCGAGGCCACGGCCUUCCUGCCGCCGUCAGUGACGAGCAAGACGCCGACGCUGUGGAUACCCGAGGACCCGGCUGGCGUGUCCAAGCAGGAGGUUGCUUUGACGAGCAAGGUGAUUCCCAUUACCGACGAGGGCGCCACUCUGGACGAGAAGAACAAUAUUACAUGGGACACGGAGGGCGCACGGCCGCCCAUCUGGGUGGAAAAGGUUUACUACUAG